AUGGCGUAUUUUGAAGCCAAGACAGGGAACGGUGUAGACACCGGUAAUUGGCCAGUUUCUUUGAUGAGACAAAUAGGAGACACAACAGAUCUCACUGACUUAAGUAUAGAGAAGUACCAUGAAAGGACUAGUAGAAGACCUGUGAUACAAAAUGUUGAAAAAGAUGACCAGGGUGAAUAUCAAGCCUUGAUAUCAAGAGAAAAGGAUGGAAGGAAUAUCAAAAUACAAAAUCCCCCAAAUCUAGAGAUUAUCAACGUAUCCUCAGAAAUAGAUUGCGUCAAAAUUCUGUAUAGUAGCCGUGUUGAAAAUAUAUUUCCCGAAUCAGACAAAAUUGAGUGGACCAAGGAUGGAGAACCUUUGACGACGAAUACAAAGAAGUACAAAGGUGGUGGAAUUACAGAUGAUUAUCUGAAAAUCUUAUCUCCAUCAGAGAACGACAGCGGUGAAUACACAUGUAGAGUAUUCAAUGAUGCUGGAUCAAACGUAAAGCGCAUAGUUCUAGCUGCCCCAUCUGUAGAAAUUGGCAAAGAUCUGAAGGUUCCUUUAGGUGGUCAAAUUAAGAUUGAACCUGUCAUUAAAUCGUGUCCAUCACAAGAGAAAGUAUCUUGGCAAAAAAGCAAAAGUCAGGAUCCUGAUAAUUUUAUGAACAUAGACAUCAAUGAUUCCCGAUAUUUCGAAAGCAGUGUGGACCCAGAAAAUCCCGUUCUCGUAAUAAAGAAGACAUCCUAUUCGGACAUUUUGUAUUACAGACUAGAGGUCACAAAUAGAAUUGGAAAAUCUACAAGCAAUGCUGUUCGGCUAAAAUUAGUUAUUGAUCCUUCCUCUGUAUUUACAAAUCUUGAAACCAAUAUUGCAAAUCAAUGCGUUACAAUUGUUUGCAAAUUUUCUCUCUCCAAUAAUUCUCCAGAAGUCACGAAUAUUAUUUGGACGAAAGACAAAGAAUGCAUCGACAUUUUAGGUAGUCAAGGAAAAUAUGCUGGAGGAAGCAUUGUUGAUCCUUCGUUAGUAAUACACAGAGUAAAUUCAAACGACGUUGGAGAAUACCAGUGUUACGUUUUAAAUGCAGUUGGAUCUAUGGCUAGUAAUCCGAUCCAUUUAGGCAAUCCUAUAGUUCAAAACGGCAAUUACGAAAAGGAUGAAGAAACUGACAAAAUAACCUGUACUGUUGUGGUGGAAUCUAUUCCGGAUGCCCUGACAGCAGAAUGGAGAGUUCAACAAACCCCAGAAGAGGAUUUUCAACCAAUAGAUGUUCACGAUUCAACUUACAGAGGCUCAACUGUUUCCUUACCACAACCAGUUUUGAUUGUUCAUGAAUACAGUAAAAAGCAGGGUCAACAAUUUCAAAUUAGCGUGUCAAAUUUCAUUGGGGAAACUAAAGAAGUCAUAAUUGAUCAAGGAGCAAUAAUUGAAGAUGCUUUAUCUAAAUGUAAUUCCUUGAGGGAAGUCUUAGGAAUUCUGAUACAGGAAGGACUGUUCAGUAACUGCGAUGUUAUUUUGGUACAAUACGUGUUACGGAGGAUCGGAUGCGUUGAUCUCUAUAAAAGAUGUUACAAGUAUGCCAAAGAUUGGGAAGCGCUCUGCUUUUUUGAAAGCCAGCCAGAAAAUGGGUAUACAGCUGUCAGGUUUCACAUAUGUGGCAAUUUCAAAGAAUACUCCAAGGAGGAUAUCUACUCUAUACGAGAUACAGUUGCCAAUAUGCUGGAAUGUUCGAAAGAGUAUGUUGUUAUUAGUGGAAUAGAGCAUGAUAAAAGCUUUGUGGUCGUGCUGUCAAUAAAAGAAGAGUAUACCUUUGCGCUACUGUCAAAUGCUCAAGAUAUUUUGAAACAUCUUUGUUUUUUGAAUGUGGAUUAUCUUGUCUGUGGUGAGAUUGUCAUAAGAAAAGGACACACCAGUAAAGAAAAAGAUGUGGAGUUAGCUAAAUGGAAGGAUGAGGACAAACUUUAUCAGGAAACUCACAGCUUUCACAAAAUUAUGGAGAAAGUGAGAAAGCAAGGAUUUGUAACAUUUGUUGGUGGCCCUGGUUCAGGGAAGUCUGCCACAGCUCAUCACAUUGCUUUAAUGCUCAGAAGUGAGGGUUACGAGAUCAUACCAAUAAAACACAUCACAGAAAUCAAAGGAUGGAAAUAUUUUGAAGUAACAAAUAACCGAAAGGUCUUUGUCGUUGAUGACGUUGUAGGCGUGUUUGGUCUUCAAAUAACAAAAUUAGAUUAUUUAGCAUAUUUGUUGAAAGAUAAUGAAUAUGAAAUGGCAAUUCUUUCCAUAUUUAGAUUUAAAACUCUCUUAACAUGUAGAGAGGCUGUGUACAAUGAAUCCUUAUCUUAUGACCCGUCAUUUAGGUGGAAUGAAAGUGUGAUUGAUUUGAACAGUUCUGAAUAUGCAUUAGAUGACAAUGAUAAGAUACUUAUGAUGGAGAAUUAUGGCUUACGUUCUGAAUUACUGUCGCCAUCUUUGCUGACAUCGGCUUCUCAUAUGUUUCCCCUUCUCUGCAAACUGUUCUCAAAGGAAGAAAAAUUCAGAAAUUUUGGUUCAAAGUUUUUCACAAAUCCAGAUGAAUGCAUAAUCACUGAACUUGAUGAAAUGCAAGCAAAAACCAAAUUCUUUUACGCAACGUUAGCUUUAUGCAUAAUGAAUGAAAAACUCUCUGAAGAUAUUCUUAAAGAUAAGAGAAAUACCGUUUUCAAUAAAAUGAAAAACAGUGUGUUAAAAAACCUUGAGUUGCAGACUUGUACUAGUACUUUCAAAUUUGUUGAGGCAUUGUCAGCAAUGGAGGGGGCAUACACAAGAAAGAGUGGCACAGAGUAUACAUUUAUACAUGAUUAUGCGUAUGAGCUUUGUGCAUAUCAUUAUGGGCAACAGUUCCCAGCCCAAAUACUACAGUACAUGAGUAGUAACUAUAUUGCUAACAAAGUAAAACUACAAAAAAGUGAAGCAAUCUCACUGUACAAGAGUGAAGAGAGGGGGAUUAUUUUUUAUUCAGAUCAGAGUGAUAAAGGAGACAAAAAGAAUGUUGGUAAAAGUAAUGAAACUGAAGAGUCUUUUGAUCUGUGUAUAAGGUUAAGUGAGGAUCAGUACCCACUGCUAGCUGAGAGGUUGUACAGAGACAUAGAGGAAAUGGAGCUGGAUGAUGUCUUUACAAAUGAAGUUUUAAAAAAUCCUAAAAUGUGCAAGGCCUUUAUUGAUGUGUUAGAAAAAAAGUCAUACGGUGACAUAAAAUCUUUAUUUCUGUACGAACGAUUUUACCCAAAGAUUUUGGAGAGAACAAGAUAUUUCAGUAAUUGGAGGGAAAGAAUGAAACAUACAGUGAAAGUGAUUAGUUGGGUAGUCUUCUAUGGACAUCAUCAUAUUCUACAAUACAUUGUUGGUAUAACUGAAAAACAUGAAGAGGAAAAAUCUGAGCUAUUCUACGGUGCUGUCAAGUACCGAUUCUUUCCAGCUUUUUCUUCAAGAGAGAGUCAUUAUGCAGACAUGCUCUCAAAUGAUAUCAUUAUGUUACUACUCAGCUGCUACAGUGGUAAUCUUGAGACUGUUAAAAUUGUUUUGAAGUAUGUGUGUAAAGAUGCGAUCAAAAAUCCGAUGUUUCGACAUGAAAUUUUUGAUAAAAUAGAGUUCCUACAUUUACAAAUCAAAUCAAAGACAAGCUGGAGAUGUACGCCACUUGCAGCUGCAUGUAAGGGUGGCUAUAUGAGUAUUGUGCAGGAAUUAAUUAAAGCAGGGGCUAGUAUAAAUCUAGCGGAUGAAAACAGGCGUACAGCACUGAUAACUGCGAGUGAUGAAGGACAUUUGAGAAUUGUGCAAGAAUUAAUAGAGGUUGGGGCCGACCUCAAUGUUUGUGAUUAUUAUGGGAACACACCACUUUCAAUUGCAUGUAAGAAGGGACAUUUUAACAUUAUGCAAAUCAAAUUAAAGACAAGCUAG